CAGUGCGCGCGCGGCUGCCUCCACUUCCACAUUGAAGAUGGCGGUCUCUGUGUUCCGCGGCGUGCGGCUGCUCACAAUCGGAGACGCGAACGGAGACAUUCAGCGACAUUCAGAGCAGCAGCCGCUGCGAUUAGAAGUCAAAACGUCCCAGGAUGCUGCCCUCAUCAAUCUCUCCAAUGGAGAGGAUACGAGCGUUUUCAAGUGUUCAGUUUCUAGGGAGACGGAGUGCAGUCGUGUGGGGAAACAGUCGUUCAUCAUCACUCUGGGCUGCAACAGUGUCCUCCUGCAGUUCUCUUCACCUGCAGACUUUCAGUCAUUUUAUAACGUUCUGAAGAACUGCCGGGGACACCUCGGUGAGCAUUCAGUCUUCAGUGAACGAACAGAGGAGUCCUCUGCUGUACAGUAUUUCCAGUUUUACGGCUACCUCUCCCAGCAACAGAACAUGAUGCAGGACUAUGUUCGGACAGGGACUUACCAACGGGCUAUUCUUCAGAACCAUACGGACUUCAAGGACAAGGUGGUGCUGGAUGUGGGCUGCGGCUCAGGGAUCCUUUCGUUCUUUGCUGCCCAAGCUGGAGCCAGGAAGGUUUACGCUGUGGAGGCCAGCACCAUGGCGCAGCAUGCUGAGGUGCUGGUGAACAGCAACCGCCUGGGGGAGCGUGUGGUGGUCAUCCCGGGGAAAGUGGAGGAAGUGACACUGCCAGAGCACGUGGACAUCAUCAUCUCAGAGCCCAUGGGCUACAUGCUGUUCAACGAACGCAUGCUGGAGAGCUACCUGCAYGCCAAGAAGUUCCUCAAGCCCAACGGUAAAAUGUUCCCCACCAUCGGAGACGUGCACCUGGCUCCCUUCACAGAUGAACAGCUCUACAUGGAGCAGUUCACCAAAGCCAACUUCUGGUAUCAGCCCUCCUUCCAUGGUGUGGACCUCUCUGCCCUGCGGGGGGCUGCAGUGGACGAGUAUUUCCGCCAGCCGAUUGUGGACACGUUUGAUAUCCGUAUCCUGAUGGCCAAAUCAGUCAAAUACACAGUGAACUUCUUAGAGGCCAAAGAGGAAGAUCUCUACAGGAUAGAGAUUCCUUUUAAGUUCCACAUGAUGCACUCAGGCCUGGUGCACGGCCUGGCCUUCUGGUUUGACGUGGCGUUUAUGGGAUCAGUGAUGACCGUAUGGCUGUCCACAGCACCCACAGAGCCACUGACCCACUGGUACCAGGUCCGCUGUCUGCUGCAGUCUCCCCUCUUUGCCAAGGCUGGGGACACUCUAUCUGGCACUGCACUGCUGGUGGCCAACAAGAGACAAAGCUACGACAUCAGUAUAGUUGCCCAGGUGGACCAGACAGGAUCAAAGUCCAGUAACCUUCUGGACUUGAAGAACCCCUUUUUCAGGUACACAGGCACCACCCCCAACCCCCCACCUGGCUCACACUACACCUCCCCCUCGGAGAACAUGUGGAACACAGGGGCGGCCUACAGCAUGAGUCAGGGGAUGGCUGUAUCAGGGAUGCCUGCAGCUUAUGACCUCAGCACAGUCAUUGGCAGUGGCCCCGCAGUGUCUCACAACAACCUCAUUCCCUUAGUGAACACCGGAAUUGUAAACCACACCCACUCCAGGAUGGGCUCCAUCAUGAGCACAGGAAUUGUCCAAGGAGCCACCACGGGCCAGUCGGGCCCCAGCAGCAGCGGUACUUACUACCCCAUCACCAAUCAGUUCACCAUGGGAGGCGCCGCCAUCUCCAUGGCCUCACCCAUGGUCAUCCCCAGCAACACCAUGCACUAUGGCAGUUAAGAUGCAGCUGUUGCAAGGACCUGUUUGAGCUCCCCGACCCCACCCUGCAUGAYGAGAAGUUCCCCUCCCAACCCCAAUGGAGCCACCAACCAAAACCAGUAAACCAAAACCAGUGCGUGCUGUGCUGCAUUUUCUUCUCUCGUUCAUCAGCCCCCUGCUUCAGUCUGUCAGUAGAUCAACAGAACAGUCUCAUAUCCGUCCACUCUGGUCCUGCCCAACGCAGACACCUUUACCCCCCAACUGUAUCUACUGCUACUCAGUCCCUCCAGACACUGUUCCUGUUUUUAAUGUGUCAUGAGCCGUUUGUCCUUGCCUCUGAAACCAGCAUCAGCCCGUUCCCACGAUGCUUCCUGUACACCAGUGACUCUGACGCUCCUCAUCUCAUGUUUGUUUACAUUGUGGAUUUAAUUUUCAAGUCCGGUCUGCACUUUGAUCAGCGCCUUGAUUCUGAAAAACAAAAAACUGCUCGUUCAAAUAUUCAUCAGAAACUGCAUCCCCGCUGUCUGCUCCUGCAGGUGGAGUUCACCAGGCUGCUUCUCCAUCAGGGCAUUUUAUUCUGUUAGUGGGAAAACAUCAUGCUGCUCACCUUCCAUGCUGAGUCCAAACUCAUCUGUAGGCUUGGUGUCAGAUCUGAAAACAGAGGGUUCAUCUGUUUGUGUUCAGGAGAACCAGCUGUUCACACUCAUGUCACAGUGAGCAUCAGGUUUUUUUUACAUCACAGCUCCACUGUCUUCAGCAGCCAGUUGAUGUGAUGUUCAUGUUACAAGUCUCUGUUAGACCAGAGAUGAUGGCUUUCAGCCAACAUGUCACUGAGCUGACUGUUGGACAGUAGUUGGUGACUCAGAGGUUUUUACAGUCAGGUUUUUUUAAAUCAGUUUAUUUCUCUGUGAACAACUUGCUAAACUGUAUUCUGAGCUGUUUCCCCACGUUGUAGCCACCUCAACUCAUGUGAAGCUGUUAGGCAGGGCGGUAGAGGUUGUCUGAAGAACUAAAGAAAGGAARGACUGGAAAACAAGCACUGUUCAGAAACAAUUUGUCUCUAACAGGUGUUUAGGAAACAAUGAAGCACAAUAAUUCUUGAGUUUAUCUACUUUAAGUAGACCUAAUCAUUACUUGCCCUCACCUUUCUGAUGGACAUUAGCCUCAGGUGUCAGGAUACAGCUUUGAUCAUUUACAACAGAUGGGUUCAGGAUCCCUGCAGCAAAUUUAUUUUGAGAAAGUUUGUCACAAAUAUGUAAGUAAAGCAACAAAGCUGUAAGUCUGUAAGUGAAGAAAUCUAAAAACAUUUAGUCGUUUUAGAGACACUUGUUCAUCAGCUAGUCUCCAACACUGACUGCUCAGCGACAUGUGGCUGGAGGAGAAGAAGCUGAGGUUUUGUCUGAGUUGUUUCAGCAGAUCUGAGUAAAGUUGAUCAUCAGAUGUCAUAAAAUCUGACUGGAUGAUUGUUCAGUGAUCAGGACGAUCAUUUUAAACCUGUUGUAGGCGGUUUCUUUUCUGAUCUCAGUUCUARAACCUGUUUAUAUUUAAAUCUGUAGAAGUUUCUCCAUCUCAAAGUGUUGUUGAACAGUUUGGUUCCUCUGAGUUUUGAGACAUGUCAGAUUAUUAAAACUCAUCAUGGAAGGUGGCUGACAUGAAACAGCUGUUCCAGUGUGAGCUGAGCGGGUGUUGGAGCAUGGUCCUCUCUGGGACACRAGCUAGCCUGGAUUGGGAACGUCCCACAGUUUUUCUCCACCUGCUUUUAACUAUUAGAGACUGUUGAGAAGACAAACCCCGCCCCCCACCCACCACCUGAAAYUGACUGCCAACAUAUCAUUGUUCCCAGGUCAGCUGACUCCUGCAUCCCGUUUAUCAGGAAGGGAAUGAGACUCUGACACUUUUAUGCAUUUUUCCCUGGUGUCACAACUAUUGGGACUUGGUUUAGUACGUUUUACGAGAGGUGAGAAAAAUGUCUCUUAGUAGGAACAAUUUGUGUUGAUUUAUUUUUGCCUUUUUUCACAAAAAAAACAAAACAAAAACAAAAAGGAUGAAAUUAAAUGUGGAGAUGUUCCAAGUCAUCCUGGAA